ACACUCAUGUGGUCACACCUGUGGCUUUAUGUAGUCCUCAUGUAGAUUUACAUCUCCUUAGCAUCAUUAUAUGCGGUCAGUUCACCUUCAUCAUGAUCAUACAUUAGGCUGUUGGAUUAUUUGUCACCUGUGGUAUAAUCAGCUUUAUCCUGUCUUGUGUGGCUAUCUCAUCAUGGCUUUUCCCACGUGUGUGGAUUUUUGCCUCCUCCCUCUUUGAGGUGUUAUCAGACGAGUGAGCUGUGUAGUUUCAUUUUAGCAGAAGCAGCCGGACAGGGCCUAGUGAGUUUCCCAGCAGACACCACAGAGGAUUAAUUGAAAGCGUCCCAGGAUGACGGAGUGGAAUCCAUGCGUACAGGAGCAGCAUGACAUUUUCACCUGGUUUACUGAGUCCCAGCUCGGGUCUCUGACCAGGAACAAUAUAGUCCCUGAAUGGUUUCAUGGGAUCAUUUCCAGGAAGACGGCAGAGGAGCUUCUGAUGUCCAAGCCUCCAGGUUACUUCCUCAUCAGAGUCAGUGAGAGCAGGAUUGGCUAUACGCUUUCACUCCGCGCAGAGGACUGCUGCAGACAUUUUAUGAUUGACGCGUUGGGGGACGGUCAUUACAUCAUAGUAGGGGAGACGAGACGUCACCGUUGUCUGCAGGACAUGGUGGACUUUCACCGAAGGAAUCCCAUCAUGCCUUUCAGUGAGGUGCUGACUGUAGCGUGUGGACAGAGCUCAAAUAACAAUACCGACUAUGCAGAACUGCUGUUUCCCCAAAGACAUCCAAACUCUAACGCGAGUUUGCUGCCAAACAACUCCCUGCAUGCCAACACAAUUCUCCCAGAAUCAGGAGAAAAAAUCCCACCUGCCCUUCCUAAUCGGCCAAAUAACAUGAAGACCCCUGCAAUCUCGAAUACGGGCAGACUUUACCCUCAAUUGGAAGAAGAAUUUCCACACAUCAGCUCCCCUCUUCAAGCCACGCUUGUGCCAAUGAACAGGAACCAUCAGCCUCCUGAACUUCCUCGUAGGAAGCAGAACCCGGCUUGUACCAGAACAGUGUCUGCCCCUGACCACCGCUCCACACACACAGCCACUGAUCAUCCAUUCAGCACCCAGAGGAACCAGCAAACAAAGCCGUCAGUGGUCACAAACCUAAAGAACUUCAAGAAAAAAUUCCAAAAGAAGAGGAGCCUGUCACAGGAGUUUAUGAACACAGAAAUGAACAAAGAGGAAACUGAGAGCAGAGGAAACACUGAGAAUGAGUACCAGGAGAUCCCAGGGGAGCAGAGCUUCAACAGUCCAACAUUUUCCCACACCUGCCCUGAUAUGACACUGACGGGUGGAGAGUUACCUCAGGAGUACAGACAACCUCCACCUUUUGCCCCAGGCUUUUGAUAUCAAACCGCUUUCUUAAAUAAGAGCACAGAUGGAUUGAUCGAGGGAUUUUUUGAUUAACACAACUGAACUUUGCCUCUGUGCAAUGCCUGUCAGCACCUGUGUGUCCAAUCGGACUCAAAGCUGCUCGUUUGCUCUUACUGACAUUGUUCCCUUUUUUCUAGAUCCUUGCUUGUGUUGUAUUUACUCUCUGAUGUACGUCGCUUUGGAUAAAAGCGUCUGCUAAGUGAAUUGUAGAAUUGUAGAAUUGUAGACUACAGCCAAGAAAAGGAAAAAAAAAUAAAAAUCCAGCCCCAAGUGGGUGCAGGAUCAACAGAAAGGCAUCAUUACAUGGAGAAAAAAGCAAUAAUCCAGAAACCUUUGAAAAGUUUUAGAAAGCAACAUUCAAAAUCUUGUUUUAUUACCUAGAUGUUUGUCUAAGGUAAAAUAAAUACCAUACAUUUUAAUUGAAAGUUUUACUAUUUUUAUGUGAUGCUGUAAUAAAGUUUUAAAGACUGAA